AUGGAGCCUCGCAGAUCUGUCGGAGUUCUCGCUUCCGACCGACCAUUGACAUGUCGUCCUCGCCCUCCGUGUCUCACGGCAGCUUGCAAUGCGCAGCAGCGGCCGCUCAAAGCGGAUGUUCUCAGCGGGAAUGCCAAGCGGGCGGGAGGAGAGCAACAGGGUGGCAGUGGCGAUGUGAGGGGAACGAUUACUGCAGGCAGCAUGGCAGUCGACAUUAUUCACUCGCCUCACCAAGCCUCUCGCGCUUCUCGCUUCUCUCCUGUAAUCUCCGCGCCUCUCCUCAUGGCGACGGCUGGGAUGCGCUUGCUGGUGCUGGCGGCGCUGGCAGUGGGACUGCUGGCGGCGGCGGUGAGUGGAGCGCGGGAUGCCAUGAAGGUCGCCAGGGGCCUCGUCCCAUCGGACGGUGGGGAUGGUGCGGUGGCUGGCGGGGCGGGCGCAGGGCAGCAGAGGAAGGGCGCGCGCAUUCUGGCGGCUGAGACCUUCGCUCACGACGCCCCUCUGCCCGGCUACCUCGACCACAUCCCCCGCCGCCAGGCCCUCGCCACCUCCUGUGGGCGCACAACAGUGACGAUCCGCUCGCAGUACCUGGGGCCGUACGACCUGCACAACGACAUCUACAACAUGUCCUUCUACAACGGCUGCGCCUACAACGUCACCAGCCCGCUGCGCGUGUGGCAGUGCUUCAACUUCGGCAACGUGUGGGAGGGCAUCCUCGACAACCCCGAUCCCAACCCCUCGCAGUACCAGCAAGGCGAGAUCUUCGUGCAGACGACGCCGGGGUACUGUGAGAUGUGCAUGAACCGCGGUGCGAGCGGCACUCUGCAGAUGCUCCCCGGGGAGACGGUCAACAUUGUGUAUGCGUACUUGUGGGACUUCCGGCCCUGCGUGCAGGAGCUGCGCUUCGGCAACGGCAACAGCUACUCCAUGACCAACACCACCGAGUGCACGCUCGCUGCUGUCAUUUAG